UCAUAACACGUGUUUCAGUUCAGAUGGAAGUUUGAUGUUACCAUGCCAACACAAUAACAAAGUAGAGAAGACUGUUUAGUGUUUUGUUUUGAAUUUAAAGCAGACUUAUAUUUCGGAAUGGCUUGGAGCAAAUUUCAAAUCUCUAAACACAUUUUGUGAGAGAAAGUUGGUUGUUGUGGCAUUCCUAAAAAAAACCUUCUACCACUGAAAUGGUAACGAAGUCUUAACUACCUUAUAAUAAAAGCACAACAUGGAUGAAGACACGAAAUGUUCAUUCUUAAAGCGAGCCUUCCCGCCAGGUUUAGAAGAUGAAGUUACUUCCAUCGAGACGAAAAUUGCUCGAACAGCAGGACCGUCUGAUGAUUUAGAUGAUAACAAGAAAAGAUGGCUCACAGUUGGAAUUUGUUUACACACUGUAAUAACUCCUGUACUCAGAGAAUAUAUUUUACCUAUUCUUAUAAAGCUUUAUUACCGCUUAACAAUAAAAUGCCAGAUUGAAAAACAAACUUAUCCAUUCCAACUAAAGACAGACUUGUCGGGGAUAUAUCUAAACUAUAAGACGAUAAAUAUGAAUAAAGAUAUCUUUGGAAAACGUACAAAUCUUUAUGAUUACCGAGUCCAAAAUCCUGUGGAUUUAUCCAAGCUAUUUCUUCAAACACACAUGGCAAAGUACCAGGCUAUAGAUGAUUCAUGCGAUUCAUCAGCACUUCUUGGGAUAAUCAUUAAUAUCAACGAAUUUCCUGUAACAGUGCAAAAUAAUUCUAAUACAGUGCGAUCAAACAUCAGGAAUACUUGGGCACACUGUAAUUUUUCAGAGUGGAAUUAUGGUAAAUUUUCAAAUUCAUUUAGAGAGAUGGAAAGUUUGAUAACAAGUCUGAAGCUCGGAUCGUCUAAGGAAAAGAACAUUUUAGGCGAACUUACAAGAUGGAAAACCAAUGGGAUAAAUUUGUUCAAGGGCACAACACUUGGUCUCGAAUUGGUUAAUGAAAUUUGUCAACAGACUGGUGUCCUAGCAAAAUACGCAAAAAGUUUGAAAAAUUACAUACAGAAUGAAAUGGAAAAGAAAGCUGCAGUUGACAACAUGUUAAAAGAUGAAAUAAGGAUGCUGAAGGAAGAAAUUAAAGACAUAGGUCGACAUCAGGAGGAAAUAAUUCCAAAACAUAUAAGAGAUCGUCAUGAAGAAAAAAUCCGAGACUGGGACAGAGAUGAUGAAACAUUUGUUGAAACUAGAGCAACAGAACGUGUAAUGUCAUGGCUUUCAAAGUGUAAUAUAGCUGUUGUAACGGGUAGUUCCGGGACCGGAAAAUCGUUUCUCAUUCACCAUGUUGCUUUAGAGUUACAUCGACAGAAAAAUUAUGAUAUAAUACCUCUAUCAUUUUUAAUGGCACCAUCGGAUAUUAUGAAUUAUUACAGUAAAAAUAGAAAACAGGUUUUUGUAAUUGAUGAUAUAUGUGGUAAAGGAACAAUGGAUGUUCAGUUAGUAAAUACAUGGGAAAAUUUCACAGAAGAACUAAACGGUAUAUUCAAAUCAAAUUCAACUGACAAAGAAGAAACCAUUGGUGCCAAACUUUUAAUAUCAUGUAGGCUAUCGGUGUUUAAUGAAUUACAGUUUAAAAGUUUAACGCUUUUUACUAAAAAUGCAUUUGAUCUUCUAGCUGAAAGGCUUUGUCUUCUCCCAGAGGAAAGAAUAGUGAUGAUAAAGAAAUAUAUAAAAAGCGAUAACAUUGAUGAUGUGGUAGAUCAUAUAUGCGAUUUUGACUUUUUUCCACUCCUGUGUAAAAUGUCUAAAAACAUAGCACAUGAAAAUUUAAAACUCUUCUUCACAUCACCGAUUGGUACUAUAAAACAAAAUAUAAAACAUAUAAUAGUUUCAAAAAACAAACACCAAUUGUGUGCCUUUGUUUUGUGUAUUUUGUUUGAGGAAGGGUUUGAGGAGGAGUGGCUUAACUGUAGAUUGAACGUGGGUCCAAAAAUGUUAAUAAAUAAACUAAAAGAAAUAACGACACACUUUGAUGUCGAUUUAGAUAAAGAACUCGUAAGAUUAUCUUUAAAAAAUGGAUUCUCGACAUUAGUUGGUACAUUUUUGAAAAAAAUUGGAACAACAUACAGCUUAAUUCAUGACAAAAUAUACGACAUUGCAUCCAUUGUAUGCGGACAGUAUCUCAAGGAAUGUUUUAUUAGAAAUGCUAAUGGAAGAUUUAUUGGUAAUAAGUAUAUAUUCGAAUUCAUUAAAACUAAUCCCAACGACGACUUUAUUGUACUUUCAAAAGAAAUGGAGGUAGAAUAUUUUGAAAGACUAGUUGAUGAUUUGAAACAAGGGGAUAUCUACAGUACUCUGCAUAAUAAACAAUUAGUCCACGAAUCAUUCAGAAAAAUGCUUAUUGAAUAUCUCAACAGCAAUGCCGAAGGUGUGCAUGAUUUAUUCCGUGAAAUCGACAAGAAUGGGAUAAAACUGGUUACUGGCGAAAGACAUUGUGAUUGGGAUGACUUUUAUGAUACCGAUGAUGACGAUGAAAUAACUGACGAUGAAGUUACUAACGUUACAUAUCCGUUAAUAGAAGCAGCUACCGAGGGGUUUGUGGAUAUAGUAGAAUUCCUUAUCAAAAUGGAUUGCAAGGUCAAUAAAAUAGACAGCUUUAAUAGAUCAGCCUUAUACAAAGCUUGUGAAGGUGGGUAUCAAGAUAUAGUAGAAAUUUUAUUAAACCAUGACGCCGACGCUUCCUUGUGCCAUGAAAAUGAAUCUUCUCCACUACAUAUGGCAUGUAAAGCAGGAAAUGCUCACAUAGUGAAAUUGCUCCUUGCAAAGAAUGUCGAUGUCUGUAAACUUGAUAGAGAUGAUACAUCACCGUUACGCGAAGCUUGUAAGAAUGGAAAUGUGAAUAUAGUAAAACUACUUCUGCCAAAUGACACUAACAUCAAUGUGUCCGAUACGUGGAUGGAGUUUUGUCCUCUCCACUUGGCGUGUGAAGCUGGAAACCUAGAUGUAGCAAAGUUGUUGUUAGAAAAAAAUGCAGAUGUAAACAGUGUUUCUCGCUUCGAUGAUACUCCUUUGAGUCUAGCAUGUGAUGGAGGUUAUGCUGAUAUAGUAAAACAAUUGCUGGAAAAUAAAACAGCAGCAGAUGUUUGCGGUUUAAAGCCGAAUAAAUCGCCUCUAUACUUGGCUUGUAAAUCUGGAAAAGCAGCUAUUGUGAAAAUGUUACUGGACAAUACAGACAUAUAUCCAAAAAUAAAUACUUGUGAUGAAAUAUAUUCACCUCUUGAGGUUGCCUGCCUAAAUAAUCAUUUCAAUGUUAUUCAGUUAUUAGUACAGAAAUGUAUCGACAAAUUUUCUUCUUUUGACAAGUGUAGGUCUAUGGGCACUGCGGCGGUUAAUGGGUGCACAGACAUUGUUAAAUUAUUCAUGGAAAAUACAAUGUUCAGUUCCGUUGAAGAGAUAGAUUUUGCCUUGUAUUUGGCGUGUACAGGAGGAAAUCUAGGGACAGCUCAAUUUUUGCUGACACAAGGUUUCGAUAUUUGUCAAUUUAGAUAUGAUGGCCGAUCAUUGCUUCACGCAACUUGUGAAAAUUUUCCUGAAUCCGAAGAUCGCAUAUCUAUUAUUAACCUUUUGAUUCAAAAUCAGUUAGACAUCUCCAAACCGGACGAAUAUGGGUUAUCGCCUUUACAUUUAGCUUGUGAAAAUGGUUUGCUUUCCAUAUGUAAAUUACUUAUAAGCAACAAAGCGAAAGUCAAUAUGCAAGACAAUGAAAACAGGUCUCCUUUACAUCUUGCUUGUCAAAACAAGAAAUCAGAUAUAGUUGAAGUAUUGCUUGAAACUGGAGCAAACGUUAAAUUGUGUGAUAACGGUGGUAAAACUCCCCUUCAUGUAAUUUGCGAGAGAUAUAAACGCUCGUUUCACUUUCGACCAAAAAUCAAAAAAUCUCUUCCAAUGUUUGUCUUUGAAAUGUCUACGAAAUGUAAGUCGAUAACAAAAUCACUAAUUGAUCAUAAUGCAGAGGUGAAUGCACGUGACAAUGAAGGGGAAACUCCGUUACUUCUAGCCUGUAGGUAUGGAGAUUAUGAACUGGUAAAAACAAUACUUUCCUCGAGGAAAUCUGACCUUAAUUUACAGAAUAGUAAAGGUCAGACACCAUUGUAUUUAGCGUGCGAAUUCGGCGACGACAACAUAGUUGAAAUAUUAUUAGGGGGAAAUGCAGAUAGUUCCAAAGAAGAUAACGAUGGAAAAUCUCCUCUUCAUGUUUCUUUGGAAAUUUUGAAAUCUAUCAAAUAUGAACGCAAGUUUUUGAAAGAUAGGGAUGAUAUUGAUGAUCUGAACACUAAAUGGAAUAUCUUUGAACAUAUUGCUUCACUUUUAAUUGAAUACAAUACAGACAUGUCGAAGUCUUGACGACAGACAUACUACGCAGAAAAGAUCUGUCUAUAUUCCAUUUAUAAGAAAAAUUUGAUAACACUUACCGUUACCUUGAUGAUAUGUUUGCUUUAAAUAAUAAAGAACUCUAUGAUUAGAUAUACUGCAAAAAUACAUACAAAGGAACUUAUUUUAAUAAACCUCAAAUAUACAGCCAAAAUUGUCGUUUUCGUGAUUGGAAUGUACCAAUCUUACAAGGGAAGCAAUACUGUUAAAUUUCGACAAUAGGAAUGAUUAUUCGUUCCCUUUUUAGCUCACCGGGCCCGAAGGGCCCCAUGUGAGCUUAUGCCAUCACUUGGCGUCCGUCGUCGUCCGUCGUCGUCAGUCGUAGAUAAGUAAUCUAUAUAUAAAAUCUUUAAUUAUCAAGUGAGUGAUUAAUUACAAAACAUUACUUAACAACUUUUCUUAAUUUUUUUCAUAGAUACAAAAAUUUUGUUUAAUAUUUUUGUUGUAGUUUUAUAAAUUUAUUACAAACGGGAUAUCAUAUCUUAUUGGUUACGAAAGAUUAAAUUAAAUUUAUUACAAACGGGAUGUCAUAUCUUCGUUGAUUCAAAGCUCAUAAAUUAAGAUGCAAUUCAUGUAAACUUAUUGGUCAGUUAAAUAAACUUAUAAAUCUUA